AUGGCAACCGAAACCCAUCCCAGCGUGCAGCCGGAAUCGGUGUCCCAAUACGCUCUUACAGAGUCCCAGAAAGCCCACUUCCUCCAGCACGGCUACGUCGUGAUCCCAGACUGCUUUUCGCGCGAAAAGGCACUCUCAUGGACGAAAGAUGUCUGGAUCCGUCUUGGGUACUCGCCGACGGACAAAUCCACCUGGACAUCAGAGCGUAUUAACAUGCCACACCAUCGGGAGGAAGCAGUUCGUACGUUUGCGCCCAAGGCGUGGGCCGCGAUCUGCGAGCUCUGUGGGGGGGAAGACCGAAUCUCUGAGGAGUUUGGUAGCUGGCGUGACAGUUUGAUUGUGAAUCUGGGGUUGCCGGAAUAUGAAGGGAUGAAGAAUCCCGAUCCGAAGGAGCUGGAUAACUGGCAUGUUGAUGGAGAUUUCUUUUGGCAUUUCCUCGACUCUCCAGAGCAGGCGCUGCUCGUUAUUCCGUUGUUUUCGGAUAUAGCGCCAAUGGGAGGGGCGACUAUGAUUUGUCCCGAGGCUAUACCACUGAUGGCGCGGUAUCUGUACGAGCACCCCGAAGGCGUAUCACCGUACAUGGUUCCUCGAGGCGAAGUCCAAUCCCAAAACCCAGAUGCUGAACCUGGCCUAUCCUUUUACACAAACUUGGUCCAGAAAUGCACGGACUUCCGCGAGAUGACGGGAAAAACAGGCGAUGUAGUCCUAAUGCACCCACUGAUGUUACACUCUGCGUCGCGGAACAUCCUCCGGACUCCGCGCAUCAUCACAAACCCACCGGUUGCUCUGAAGGAGCCCUUCAAUUUUGACCGAGACGAUCCGAGCAAGUAUAGCCUGGUCGAGAAAAAGACGCUUUUGGCUCUAGGUAAGGACCGAUUGAAGGGGUGGAAGAUUACGACGGAGAGGGAGAGGAUUGUACCGGCGCGCCUGAAGAGGUUUCAUGAGAUGAAGAUCAAGGAGGAGGAGCGGUUAAGGCAGGCGGAAGUGGGUGUGUAG